CGGCGACGAUCCCAUUCAGUCACCAAUCACUCCCGGCAGCAGCGCCAGCCCGGACUUCCUUCUCACACCAUCCAGCUUACCCUGAGAGGGGAACACCGCACGCGCCUAGCCCAGCGAGUCUUAUGGCGACGGUCCCCCUCCCGAGUCCGUUCUGCAUGUUAUGACGCCCGAAGAGCAUGCGCAGGCAGUGUGGCUGCUGGGGCCUUGGCUCAUCGGCAGCUUCCUAGACGUCCUCCUGCAGGGCAUAAUCCUUGUUCAAACUGUACACUAUUUCAGCUGGUAUAAAGACGACGAGCUGCCCCUCAAGCUCUCCGUAGCCGUCCUCGGCCUCAUCACUACCCUCAAGUCUAUACAAUCCUUCGCACUCCUCUGGAUCCAAUUCAUCGAAAACUUCACCGACCUCCCGGCAGCCGUGAAGCUGAGCUACACGACAUGGUGGCAGAGCGGGAAUCCCCUCAUGGUCGCGAGUGUUGGGAUCUACGUCCAGGCAUUCUUUCUGUGGCGACUGUACAUGAUAUCCGGGCGUAAAUGGCUUCCGCCUGCCCUUCUCUCCCCGGUCCUCUUGCUAGCGUACACUGCCAUCGCUCUAGCCACGUACUACAUCUCCCGCGAGGACACACCCCACAUCUCUAUCUGGUUCGCCGUGCAUCUUAGCUUCACCUUCGCCGGCGACGUCCUUCUCUCAGUUGUCACCGCCUACUACCUCCUUAAGACGCGACACGAUGUUCUACCUGGAACUGUUGGUUUGGUCAACGCCCUCAUCCGCCUCACAUUUACCACCGCAGCGCCCGCAGCGAUAUGCGCCCUUCUAAACCUCGUCUUCUCCCAGCUUUACAGCGGCGAGGACCGGCUCGUCUCCACCGCGUUCAACCAGAUCAUGGCGAAGUUGUACGCGACGAGCAUGUUAUGGACGCUGAACGCGCGGCGAAGCAUCCGCACCGAGUACGACUCGAGGAGCGGGAACAUGGCGAGCGCGUCCGUCAGUACGCAACCGGGAGGUAUCAGUCGAGGGGGGAUCUCCACAACUAUGGAGUUCGAGCAUACCGCCUCGCAGAUGCACUCGAGGGCCCCCCAGGACACCUUCUUCACCAACGAGUCGACGGACGAGGAUACCGCGCUAGAAUCGCUGCCGUCGAUCAAGGGGAAGGGAUACCCACUCGCGGGAUCGGUGUAGCCGUGUAUACCGUGUAUAGUAGCAGCUGGAUGAUGCCUCGGAUGGAUAAUAUGAACAUAGAUGCAAACAACAUUCCGCGUGCGGGCAAGGGUAUCAGAUGAAAGGAAGGGUAAGGGAACAUCGAAUUGUUCAUCCUGAGGACGCAUCCGGGGAAGGGUGCGCUGCUUCCUGAUGCAGCUGAUCGAGAGGCAGUCGAACGAGGCGCUGGCCGUCUAUUUGUGAGGGAUCCUGGAUUUCUGGAUCUUGGCCGGUUGAGGAUACUAACAACGCCAAGAUCUCGAACAUCUUCGACCACUGGCCUGUCACCGUACCCAUAGUCUCACUCGCCGCCCCCAU